GGAAACACGUCCUCCCAACAUCUGUAUCUCUCGCUCAUUAAUGCGUUAAUCACAUUAAUGUUUUUGAUGAUCGUUUAACGCAGCUGCACGAUGUCCAUCAGAGCGCGUAACCGAGAGAUCUGCGCAGACUGCAGCGCGCCCGAUUCCCGCUGGGCCUCGAUCAACCGCGGUGUUCUGAUCUGUGAUGAAUGCUGCAGUAUUCACCGAGGUCUGGGUCGACACAGCUCUCAGGUCCGACAUUUGACCCAAACCUCCUGGCCGUCCUCUCAGCUACAGAUGGUGAAGUCUCUGUACAAUAAUGGAGCAAAUUCAAUCUGGGAACACAGUCUCUUGGAUCCGUCUUCCAUCAUGAGUGGAAAACGCAAAGCCAAUCCUCAGGACAGAGUGCACCCCAACAAAACAGAUUUCAUCAAGGCUAAAUAUCAAAUGUUGGCGUUUGUUCAUCGCAUGCCGUGUCGAGAAGACGACAGCGUCACUGCCAAAGACCUCAGCAAGCAACUUCACUCUAGUGUGAGAACUGGCAAUUUGGAAACGUGUCUAAGGCUGUUGUCGUUGGGAGCUCAGGCCAACUUUUUCCAUCCAGAGAAAGGAAACACUCCUCUACAUGUGGCAGCUAAAGCGGGCCAGCUACUCCAGGCCGAGCUGCUCACUGUGUAUGGAGCAGAUCCCGGAGCACCGGACAGCUCUGGAAAGACUCCUAUUGACUACGCCAGGCAAGCCGGGCACCAGGACCUCGCAGACAGACUGGUGGAGAUCCAGUUUGAGCUGACAGACAGACUAGCGUUCUACCUGUGUGGAAGAAAGCCAGAUCAUAAAAAUGGUCAGCACUUCAUAAUUCCUCAAAUCGCAGACAGCGGUCUUGACUUGUCAGAACUGGCCAAAGCAGCAAAGAAGAAGCUUCAGUCUCUCAGCAAUCAUCAGUUUGAAGAGCUAGCCAUGGACGUUUACGAUGAAGUUGACCGAAGAGAAACAGAUGCAGUUUGGCUUGCAACACAGAACCACAGUACUUUGGUAACUGACACCACGGUGGUUCCUUUCCUCCCUGUCAACCCUGAAUAUUCUUCCACUAGGAAUCAGGGACGUCAGAAGCUGGCCAGGUUUAAUGCACAUGAGUUUGCGACGUUGGUUAUUGACAUAUUAACUGAUGCCAAACGGCGUCAGCUGGGGAAUUCUCCUGAUAAUGUUAAAGAUAAUGUGGAGUUAAUUCUGAAGGACAUUGGAAACCGUCGUGGCAGUGAAAGUCCAGAGCUGGACCAGCCUGAUUAUGACAGUGUGGCAUCCGAUGAGGAUACAGAGCAAGAACCAACAUCGGGAAAAGAUGAGCGAACCAAGAGCUCUGAGUCUUCAGACUUGUCAGACAGUCCCAUCACCGUGCAGGAGUUCAUGGAGGUCAAAACUGCCCUCAACGCCUCCGAAGCAAAGAUCCAGCAGCUCCUCAAGGUCAACUGCCAUCUUAGCGAGGAGCUGAGACUCAUGCAGAGCAAGUUGAACUCCCUUCAGAAUGAGAACAGCAAUCUGAAAUGGCAAACUCCUAAUAGUUUGGUAAGGCCGCAGGACGUCCCACACAGGGCAGCUCCUCGCGGCUGUAGGGCCAUGUCCAUGUAUGAGACUGGAUCAGGAUUGAGGCAGUACCACCCUAGAGGAGAGACGGUCCACCCUGACACAAACCUGACUCUACAGCCACUGCCAUCUAAUAUUGGGAAGGGUCCCUCGGUGACUGCCUUCUCCUCCCUUCCCACGUUCCCCUCAACUCUGUCCUGGUCCUGGGAUGAGAUAACCCAAAGGGGAUCCAGUUUAGACGGCCAGAGCGGCAUGCCUGCAAGUGACUAUGAUAAUACACUGAACCAUGCUGAGAUGAACGAAUCUGGGACAAUUCAAAGUAAUUUCUCGAGGGCGAGCGGGUGGCUGGGCGACAGUACAGUGCUGUCAGAAAACCAUUCUGAGGGUGAGAGCGACUCGACUUUACCAUGUACAGAAGACGUAAUCAGCAAGACGGAGCUGAUCACCAAGAACAUCCAGGAAUUACUGAGAGCUGCGCAGGAGAAUAAACAUGCCAGCUUCGUCACGUGUUCAGAGAGAAUUCUUCUAGCAGUGACGGAAAUGGCUACGUUAUUCCCGAAGAGGCCAUCUUCAGAGACCGUUCGUGGGUCUUUGCGUCUCUUGACCUCCAGUGCCAGCCGUCUGCAGGGCGAAUGUCAGAAGGCCACACCGCACGACUCCCAGCAGGUUAUUCAGUGUGCCUACGACAUUGCCAAAGCGGCUAAACAGCUAGUUACUGUGACUACCAAAGACAGUAACUGAGUUACAGUAUCUGAACGCCUUUCACCAUGUCUACACGUUUAUUUGCUAUUAUAUUGUCCAGUAUUAUUUAGGGCUGGGACCAUACAUUGAUGUUUUGUGAUUCAUGGAUCGAGUCUUAGACUAUUGGAAUGUAUCGUAGUUCUCCUGGAAUUGAUUCUGCAUUUAGUUUUUAACACCAGAUGGCGCUCUAUGGAGAAGCGUCUGGUGGAGAUCCAACCCCACCCACAUCCAAGUGUCAUGUCAGACGCCACACUGCAGCGUGUAGAAAGAUGUCCAAUGCUUAGUGGAUGCACGUGUGUAAGCGUUUGUUGCUAAUUCUGUUUUAUAUAUAAAAUGACACAUUUUAUUGUGUGUUAUUAACAUCUACACCUCCCCAUACCCUAAACCCAACCAUCACAGUAAGGGUGCUCAUUACAUUGUCUGACUUGCCACUUUGAUGUAGGAGGAGUUGAAUGUCCACCUCAGACUGCAGCGAGCACUACUUGGCUCUGGGCUGGGUUUUUUUUUAACAGCAGACUGCGCUCUAUGCUAGUUUUUAAAAGCAGAUGGUGCUCCAGGCAAGUUUUUAAUGCCAGAUGGUGCCCUAGGCUAGUUUUAAACAGCAGAUGGCUCUCUAAGCUAGUUUUAACAGCUUACGGCGCUCUAGGCUAGUUUUAAACAGCUUACAGCACCCUAGGCUAGUUUUAAACAGCAGAUGGCUCUCUAAGCUAGUUUUAACAGCUUACGGCGCUCUAGGCUAGUUUUAAACAGCUUACAGCACUCUAGGCUAGUUUUAAACAGCAGACGGCUCUCUAAGCUAGUUUUAACAGCUUAUGGUGCUCUAGGCUAGUUUUAAUAGCUUAUUGCGCUCUAGGCUAGUUUUAAACAGCAGAUGGCGUUCUAAGCUACUUUUAACAGCUUAUGGCGCUCUAGGCUAGUUUUAAACAGCUUAAGGUGCUUUAGGCUAGUUUUAACAGCAGAUGGCGCUCUAGGCUCGUUUUAAACCACAGAUGGCGCUCUAGGCUAGUUUUUAACCGCAGAUGGCGCUCUAGGCUCAUUUUAAACAGCAGAUGGCACUCUAGGCUAGUUUUUAACCGCAGAUGUCCCUCUAGGCUAGUUUUUAAUGGCAGAUGGCACUCUAGGCUCUUUUAAACAGCAGAUGGCCCUCUAGGCUAGUUUUUAACAGCAGAUGGCACUCUAGGCUAGUUUUUAACAGCAGAUGGCACUCUAGGGUAGUUUUUAACAGCAGACUGCGCUCUAGGCUAGUUUUUAACAGCAGAUGGUGCUCUAGACUAGUUUUUAACAGCAGACUGCGCUCUAUGCUAGUUUUUAACAGCAGAUGUUGCCCUAGGCUAGUUUUAUAACAGCAGAUGGCGCUCUAUGUUAGUUUUUAACAGCAGAUGGUGCCCCUAGGCUAGUUUUUAACAGCAGGUGACGCUCUAGCCCUGUUUUUAACAGCAGACAGUGCUCUAGGCUAGUUUUUAAUCAUACACUAUUAGCAAGCAUGAAGAACUCUUGAGCUUUCAGCGAUGUAAUGUACUUCCACCACGCAUUUAUUGUGUAAUUUGCUUGAAUGUUUUCAUCAAAUCAUCAACGUUAUUAAUGAUGGUUAUGUUUAAGUGGUAUGAGCAAGGACUAGCUGUAUGUUGCUGUUUAUAAAACAUACAGCGCCACCUGGUGGCAAAAACCAAGCUCAAUUUCAGAAUCGAUUCAGAAUCAAUUCUCAUUGCAUCAAUUUAUUGUCCCGCCCCAGGUAUUAUUAUUAUUAUUGAUGAUCAACACAGCACAGUUUGGUUUGUAUUCUUGCAGAAAUGACCUUUUUUAUAUAUAUUUUAUUCGUACACACUAACAUAAAUUUUGGGACACUGAGUUUCAAUUAUCAAUGACAUUAUUAAUAUUAUUAUUGUUUUGUCCUAGCUUUAUGGUGCCGUUUUUAAUUGUAAACUAAUAUUUGUUUUGCUUCCGAUGGUGCUAAUGAACUCAUUUUCGUCUGUAUCGCUCAUGUUUGUGGAUUAACAGAACAAGGCCUUUACUACCUGUGCAUUUCCAAUACAUCACGCCAAGACAAAACCGGAACAAAUCGUAAACAGCUAUUAUUGCUGAAAUUCAGCUGGUGUAAUAAAUGGUUCUUUGUCUUGAAAAGCAGUUCACUCAAAACGUGACCAUGAUGUAGAUGUCAGGACCCACAAUGCCUCAUUUCUUGUGCAAUAAAUACCCUUUAGCCUCGCUGCAGAAUAAUAUCUUACCCGUCCUGGUGUGGCCAUUGAAUUAAGUAUUCAGAGUGUAUAGUCUUAUUAUGAAGUGCUUUAGUAUGUGAGCUGUUGUGUGUGCGUGCAUGUGUGUGUGUGUGUGUGUGUGUGUGUGUGUGUGUGUGUGUGUGUGUGUGUGUGUGUGUGUGUGGAAUCAGUAAGAUUUAUUUUUUAUGUUUUAAAAGGUAAUUCUGCUCAUCAAGGCUGUAUUUAUUGGAUGGAAAAUAGUCAAAAUUGUUAAAUAUAAUAAUAUAAUCCAUUAAUAACGGUUUUCUUAUUGAACAUAGUUUCAAGUUUAGUUUAUUCCUGUGAUUCAAAGCUGAAUUUUCAUCAUUACUCCAGUCUAUACGUCUGUGUCACGUGAGCCUUCACAAAUCAGAAUGCUGUUUGCUUGUGAUCAUUUAUUAUUGGUACAAAAACACUGAUUUAAAAUAAUAAUAAUAAUAAUAAUUCUAAAAUAAAAUAGGCGACACAGUGGCUCAGUGGUUAGCAAUGUUAUCUCACAGCAAGAAGGUCGCUGGUUCAAGUCCUGGCUGGAUCAGUUGACAUGUCUGUGUUCGUAAUGCUGUGGGUUUUAUCCGGGUGCUCAGGUUUCUCCCACAGUCCAAACGCACUACGGCCAAUUUUAUUUAUCCAAUUCAUCUAUAGUGUACGAGUGUGUGUGUGUGGGUGGAUACUGGGUUGCAGCUGGAAGGGCAUCCGCUGUGUAAAACAUAUGCUGGAUAACUUGGCGGUUCAUUCCAAUGUGGCGACCCCUGAGAAAUACGCAACUAAGCCGAAGGUAAAUGAAUGAAUGAACAAAUGAAAUAAAAUAAUGAUUCCUCCAAUUGUCAGCGCUGAAAGUUCUAAACUUCGUAAUAUUAUGGAAACUGCCAUACAUUUGACUUUUAGGAUUCUUUUUAACGUUUAAAAAUAAUAGCUUUUAUUUAUGGUCUUUUUUUACAUUACCAUACAAA